UUCGUCUCCCGAUCGAUCUUCUGCCCGAAAAAAAAGUCUUGUCUGUAUCGAUAAUUUAUCUCUGUCUCACUGGUUUUCCCAAUCCUUUGCGUGAAAUCUAAGCUUGGCGAUUAUCUGCAAAUCGCCUGACUGUGAUCUGCGAAUCUGCGAUGCGUUUUGCACGACUACGAUUACCCUGAAAAAUGUGCUUCUGGUGCGGAGUUUCAAAUCUGGUUAGUCGCUUCAGAUCGAAUCAGGACUUCCACUGUCUCAGAAAUCAAGCGAUCGAGUCAUAGUUAGGGUUUGACCCUGGUUGCGAUGGAUAGAAGCUUGGUCUUGUCUCUUCUUCUAUUGAUUUUGUUUGUCUCCAAUGCUUCGUCUUUGGAAAAGUCGCGGGAGUUAGUUGAUGAAGAAGCACCAAAGGAUAAUUCAAACUCAACCACUAAACAAAAGUCUCCUUUGCCUAGUCUUAAACCCAUUGGAGAUGAAAAAUCCAAUGUUAGCUCAUCAACACCUCCUUUGCCAACUACUAAUUCGACGAAUCUUAAUCCUAAGGAGGCUGAUCCGGUGAGUCCACCACCUCCGCAACUACAACCUGAGAGUGUCAAGAAUGUCACGACAGUGUUGAACACAACAGAGACGAUAAGCCCGCCUCCAGCGAACCAAACAGAUAGCCAGGAGGAUAAUGGAAAAUUACCUGCUAAAAUGGCGCCACCUCCAAAAGGCUUGGAGAGUGGGAAAAAUGGGACGGAGCCAGAUACGGGGAAUCCUCCUCCGGCUAAGGUGAAUGAAGCUAAGGGGAGCUCAGAGCCUGCCAGUGCAGAGACCUGUGAAGGAAAGUCUAAGAUUUGUACAACUGGGAAUUCAUUGGUGGCAUGCACUUUAAGCAUUGAAAAAGAUUCUUCGAAAUGGUUGAUUCUAGUACAAAACGACGGUGAAGAAACUUUAAAAGCAAAAAUCGUUCUUCCAGUUAACCCUUUACGAGAGCUGACACUGGCAAAACACCAGAGUCAAAGGGUAAACAUAUCAAUCAAUAAAGAUACAAACAAAAUCAUACUGGACGCCGGGAAGGGAGAGUGUGUGCUUCACAUGGACCCAUCAGAAGAAAGCUCACUGUCCAUCCAUCUCCCCUCUUAUGAAAAGCUAGUGACGCCUAUUAACGGUGCCUAUUUCAUGAUAGUAUCCGUCGUUAUAUUUGGGGGAGCUUGGGCAUUUUGUCUGUGUCGUAAGAAUCGCCGAGCAGGCAGUGGAGUGCCUUACCGUGAGCUAGAAUUGAGUGGAGGGUCGGGCUUAGAAAGCGAGUCAGUGGUCCAUGACGUGGAGACAGCGGACUGGGACGAGGGUUGGGAUGAUGAUUGGGAUGAGAAUAACGCUGUGAAGUCGCCUGGUGGUGCAGCAAAUAGUGUCAGCAUCUCUGCCAACGGAUUGACAGCGAGAGCUCCGAGCCGAGAUGGAUGGGAUCAUGACUGGGACGACUAGACCUUUUGUGUUUUUAUCAGUGGAUGGAUAACUAUUACUGGAGAGUCAAAGCCCACUUGGAUAUAGAUUCCUCCUGCAAAGGCAACAAGACAGAGAAACAGAAAAAUGGUUAAUGUCGACGCACUUGGCCUAUAUAGAUCUUUUUAAAAAAAAAUUUUACUAAGUUGAAAUGUCAUAUUUUGUACCAGAGUCACCCAACCAGAGCCUUUGUGUUUUGUUUCCACAUUUUUUUUUUCAUAUAUUUUGUAUGAUGUAUACGAACAAAUUUUGUUUUGUACUUUCCCUCCAUUUUCCGUUUAGCGUUCUUUUGGGAAUUUCUUUGUACCAACAUUUAUUUACUUUAAACAAUUAACGGGAUACAUAUUUCA